CCACAGGUGACGCGACGCGUCUCUCCAUCUCUCUCUCUGAUUUUACUACUUGUUUCCCGUCGCAACGAAGCACCAGUAGGCUGUCUCUCCUUGUAAAGCGUCACGUUAAACUGCCACGAUCUUCCGGGCGACAUCCUUCUGACUCGCUUCUCUACUCCAGCCAUGUUUCGCGCUCCGUUUAGGAGAAAACCCCUGUAAAUCGGUUUCAAAUGUGUUGGACAAUUUCUGUUCCCUAGGCACUAUACUAUCUGUUUCCAUAGUUACUUCCUGUCCUAGUUCUGAAGAUGUAAAUUAAUGUGCAAAAUUCUAACUCGAAAUGAACAAAUGACGAACGAAAUUCGAAACGACGGGUCACGACGGUGGAGACUUUUAACCCCCCUCAACCCUUAAUUCGACUUUGUAUAUUUUAACACAGCUACAGUACUUUGGCUUACUAGUAUAUAAGAAACUUAAGUUUGCUCUUAGGGCAUAAAAUUGUAGAUUAAAUGUUGGAUUUACACGUGUACGGCAAAAUGAUUAAACCACUGCAUGACUUUGCGGAGUGUUACAGACUGUCAGUGUUUACAGAGUGACCGCCACCUGGGACGGCUUGAAACUGCACUGUUGUAGGCUCCCUGUUAUUACAAACAAUGGCAGUAGAAUCAACAAUACACACAGACCAAUCAGACAAACGGCCUACCAAAUCCGAAGUAAUGAACUGUCAUGAGGCAUACUGUCUUCUCAUAUAAAGUCCUCAGGCUUUAUUACUCUUGUUGCUGAAAAUGUUUUGAAGCGACCAGAAAACAAGAGGCAGGCGAAUCAAACUGUACUUCAAGCUGUCAACAGUCGCAGGCUACAGCAAGGUUCAGGAGACCCACAACAAUAAGUAACAGCAGGAGGAGACGAACGAUGGGCCUCGGAUGGUGGAGGUGACUGUGGUACGAUGGACGGCAACGCGAGCAGCACUGAGGCAAGCCUCAACGGCACGGAUCUCACCAACCGGACUUCCACCAUCUUCAGCAUCGGACCGGACUUCAUCACGCAGUGGAAACAGAGGAAGCAGAGAGAGAAGCUGUGUCGCAUUGUAUACCAGACGGUGUUCUCUCCCGAAUGUCUAAACGCCUUCAAUGCCACAAGUUCAGCGCGCCCGUCGUGGGAAGCCGUCGAGGGGCUGGGGGACUAUGGCGACACCACGGGAGACUGGUACAUCGGCAGAAAUGGAUCUAAUGCCUCGGACUAUAACACCAAUUUCACCAUGCAAGGUGCGGGGCGAGGCAGAAUCAGUGACGUGGCCGGCGGAGAGGUGCUGGCGCCGGUGCUGCCACCCUUCCAACUGUGGCAGACAGUGCUAAUCGCCCUGUGCCUGGGGAUGUGCAUCGUUCUCACCGUGGGAGGAAACAUCCUGGUACUGCUUGCCUUCAUUGUGGACCGCACAAUUCGGCAGCCUAGCAACUACUUCAUUGCUUCUCUAGCCGCCACGGACAUGCUCAUCGGCACGGUGUCCAUGCCAUUCUACACUGUGUACGUGCUGAUGGGGUACUGGGACCUGGGCCCCAUUCUGUGCGACCUGUGGCUCUCCGUGGACUACACAGUGUGUCUCGUGUCCCAGUAUACUGUGCUCCUCAUCACAAUAGACCGCUUCUGUUCUGUGAAGAUUGCUGCCAAGUACCGGAGCUGGAGAACAAAGAACAGGGUAAUCUGGAUGGUCACGAUUACGUGGAUCAUCCCAGCCUUAUUAUUCUUCAUCAGCAUUUUCGGCUGGGAACACUUUGUCGGUUAUAGGGACUUACUCCCAGGCCAGUGCGCGGUACAGUUCCUCAAGGACCCGGUGUUCAACACGGCGCUCAUCAUUGGGUACUACUGGACCACUUUGGUUGUCUUGUUCGUGUUGUACGGUGGCAUAUACAAGACAGCUUACGAUAUGCAGAAAAAAAGUGAGGCAAAGCAGAGAAAGAUGCAAUCAAUGGUGGCACUUAGUGCUGGGGCAAUGUCCGGUAUGGCGGGUCGAGCCGCCGGUAUAGGUAUAUCAAAGACACAAAGCACUUUGUUGAGUCAGGAUAAACCCAAGUCGAUUAGUGGCGGUAAUGGGGGAUCCGCUGGUGGGGGAGGCGGAAUAGAGACACAAGGGGGUCUGACAGUUAUAACGGCAGGUUGUACUGCGAACAGUGGGGGUCCAGGUUCGGGGGAUUCCACCUCAAGUCACAAGACGUCGUCAAACAAGACUACCGCGACGACAACCACCACCACGACGGCGGAGACUACAAACUUCUCGGACCGUCGUGUGGGCAUGUCUGCGACAGGUACGCAACAGAUCGAGGGCGAGCGAUCCAGCAGUCCAGCUUUCGAGUCCGACGAGGACAGCACUACCGCUGUCAGUAGGCAACAGAGCUGGAAGGGGAAGAGGACUCAGACUCUCAACACCAGCCGCAUCAACGGCGCCAUUCCUGUGAAGCUUCCUGAAAAUAUCACCCCCACUACACCGAAUCCAGAACCAUUGCCCCAGAUCCCUGAACAGAGCCUUCUAGACACAGACAAUCCCCGAGAGGAACCGAGCGCGUCAGAGCUCUUACCUCUACAGCCAGCGUCCGUCUUCACUCUCAACCCGCAACCGCGGUUAGACAUGACAGGUGCAGCGCAGACACCUAUCACUCAGCAGGUGGCUAUCAUCCCACCUCCUGCUCAGUUCCAAACAAGCCCUCCCAUCACAGUAAGUCCCAUCCUAUCGACAGAAAGGCCGCGAAGCCUCCUGGUUAGCACUCAAGGUGGGCAAACUAUGACCUAUGAUAUUCUGGUCGGACUAGACGGUGCAGACCUCCGCUUCAUGGACGAGAGCUCUGUAAUCGUACCGUCGCCCAUCUUCGAAAGUCCUCCUUCAUCACUGAGCAUCGCUAAUGCUUCCUCCUCGACUGCACCACCAUCCCCUGUGCAUGGUCCAGUCUCCAAUCCUGCCUGUAACACCUCUCUCCUGCAAUCUGCCCUUAUCAGAGCCGCGGCUCAGCAGUCCGGCCACCCCAUUACCACAACCACCAGCAAUCCGCCCUCAAAACCUACCACUACAGUCAUUACUAUCAGCCAGCCUCCAAUCAACAAAGUUAAUACGGAGGUAAGCCUUACUGCAGAGGAUUCGAAGCGGCCUGUCACGAGUGUGAUCGGAAGCUCCACACAUGAGUUCUGUGAUGACGUCACGGUCACUGACAGGGAAGGAUUAGAACGCCAGUCCACCCUCGGUACAAACGUCACACCCACUACAACCACUUCCAAUUCUCUAGGGCAACAACAGGGUUCGAACCAAGUGCCAGGUCAGUCUAAACCAGUAUCCGGUCAGCAUCAGGAUGGGAACGCAACUAAAAAGGAUUUUGUCAAAACGAUCGGUAAAAGACUGAAAGGAAAACGUAAGAAAAAAGACGGGCUAGGCAUUGGGAGGCAGAAGUCCAAGUCGGAGAACCGAGCAAGGAAAGCUUUCCGUACUAUCUCCUUCAUUCUGGGGGCCUUCGUGGCGUGCUGGACGCCGUACCAUAUAUUGGCGUUGGUGGAGGGCUUCUGCUCUGAGCCUCCCUGCACCAACGAGCAUCUAUAUAUGUUCUCGUACUUCCUGUGCUACGCAAAUAGCCCCAUGAACCCGUUCUGCUACGCAUUAGCCAACCAGCAGUUCAAGAAAACUUUCACCCGAAUUCUCAAGGGAGACCUCCACAUGACCUGAAUUAUCAAAUAUAUAUUUUACUGUAAUCUGCAGUUCUGUCUUAGUGUGCGACUUUAAUGAGCAAUCUGCUUCAACUUUCUUAACUUCCUAACAAAAACCUCUUCCAGUUUAAUCUCACUUCCGUAUCGGACCAAAUAUCAACCCCAUAGAAGGCCUGCUAACAAAAUAUCCUACGUGAUUUCGUACACAACGGUGGCCCGAAUCCUCAGACUCCCUGCCUAUUGAACCGUUCGCCUCAACUGCAGUUUGUAAUAAUAAUUGGCUUGGUGUUACUCCCCAGUGGGAACUAUGGGUAAUUAAUUGACGAGAGCAUGGCCUCUUUACUUCAGAUGCAUUACUUAAAGCACUCUACUAUUGAGAAGCUGCAAACCCCAAAUGACUGCCUGCAGAAAUACUGUAACUACCUUCCGGAAACAGUUCUGCUACUCAUAAGUUGCAACAUUCGAACCCACUCAUGAAAGUAAAGUGAUCUUGGGUCUCCAAACUGAAAUUGAUAUAUAAAUUUCCAAAGUCUUCACAUGACAUUUAAUAUUAUAUUACGAAUUUUAUGACCGUAAUGGAGAAAGAGCCGGGAUAGCUCAGUCGGUAUAGCGACGGCUUAUGGACUGGAUGACCAGAGUUUGAUUGCCAGUAGAGACAGAUUUUUCUCAACUUCACUGAGUCCAGAUCGGCUCUGGGGCCCACUCAGUCUCCUCUAUAAUGAGUAUCGGGGGCGCUUUACUUGGAGGCAAAGGGACUGGGGUAUGAAACUGCCACAGUCGCCUCCAUCUAUUCCCCGAGGUCAAGAAUGUUGGAGCUAUACCUCCACUCCCCCUAUGUCCUCAUGUUGUGGUGGUUAAUUAAGAACAUAGACAAAUUUACCUUUUCUUAAUGGAAGAGAAAUGAGAAAAAUUCAUAUAUGAAAAGAAAUAUUUAACCGAGUGAAAUUUAUUCACCACAUCUAUAAAUUUUAAUAUUAUCAGCUGUGUAUUUUGAAAAUAUAACACUGCAUCCUCUACACAAAUCUUGCUGGUAGCUUUGUGAAUAAGUAGCCUCAUUCUGAACUGUAACGUUGUCUUUUGAAUUCUUGACGAAUGCCAACUUAUUUGCAAUUCCAGUACUAACAACAGGAUGUUCCAGAAUGUAGCAACUGUACUUAGUAACCAAUUCUUUUUUUUUAUUGCUAGUGGGGUGGGACUAAGUCCCUUGUACUGAGGCCACUUC